CGUAUAUCCAUCUCGCUCGCACAACAAUAUUCGAAUCGAAUCUAGGGCAACACCAAUUGACAAGCUUGGAAAAACACAUGUUUUACUCACAUACUUUGCGUUUGACCCGUUUUGACAGUUCAACAUGUGCAAAGCGUCAAACCGACAAUUUGUGUGCCAGUGUGACAUGCUGAUUUAGUACUGUCACUGCGGAGAUGUUUGCUUGAAAAUCAUAUUCAUUUUUCGAAAAAGUUGUGUAAUUCAAAAGGAAGAAUAAGAUAAAAAUGGAAGGUUUACUAAUAUUGAACAAACUUUCGCUGAAGGUGUUGAGCAGCCAAUUUAACCAGUGUACAAUAUUUGUUCGAAGGUUAUGUUCGGUGGAAAAACAAAGUGUUUUUAACAAGAACAGCAAUGACGCUGAAACCAAAGAACAGCACGACGAGGUGCCUGCAAAAAAGAAAACCAUCAAAGUGGCAAUCAUUGGAGCACCAAACUCCGGCAAAAGUUCAUUCAUCAAUAAAAUCACCAACCAUCGGACAUGCCCAACUUCGCGGAAAGUCCACACAACAUUGACCCAAUCGACCAACAUUUAUAAUAAAAAAAACACACAAAUGAUCCUCUUCGAUACGCCCGGCUUCACCACCGUCAAAGAAAACAUAAAAUAUAAUUUGAAUGAUGAGUAUAUACGGGCAUGUAACAGUUCCAUCGAAAAUGCCGAUUUAAUCGCUCUCAUUCAUGAUGUUUCCGAUUCGUAUACGAGAAAUGUAGUGCAUCCAACCAUUUUGGAAGCGCUUGUCUCCAACAAAAGCGUGCCAAGCAUUCUAAUUAUGAACAAAAUUGAUAUGGUACUAUCGAAACGAAUUCUGAUCAAUUUGGUACAAGUUCUGACAGAGGGAACAUUGACGUGCAAAGAACGCCAAUAUUUACCGUGGAAAGGACGCGAAGAGAAGUUUUUAGCCGAUAUGAAGCGACCGGUCAAAUACAAGAACGACAAAUCAGUUGGUUGGCCAUAUUUUUCCGAAGUGUUUCUGGUGUCCGCUAUCUGCGGUGAUGGAGUUGAACGGGUUGCCAACUAUAUUUCCAAACAGUCACGUAAAAAACCAUGGGAAUAUCCAGAGUACCAAUUCACCGAUCAACGACCUGAAGAUCUUAUUAUCAACAAUGUUCGAGCCGCUUUAUUGGAUUUCCUACCAAAAGAGAUCCCAUAUCAACUGCAAUGCGAAAUGGAAUUAUUUGAAGUAAAGGAAAACCGUAUUCAUGCUCAUGUUAAUAUACAUGCGAAGAAAAAACGCCACAAAGAAGUGAUUAGCGGCGUUGAUAACAAACGUCUCAAACAAAUUUCUGAAGUAGUUGAAUCGAACAUUAUUGAACUGUAUAAUUCGCAUGUGUCGAUAGUUUUGAAUGUUUUUGCCAAAACAUAAAUCAUUCGAGAAAUCCACUUUCGAUACAAAGCCACGGCGGAACAACCCCUGCAAUGAUUUAUGUAGAAUAAUAAUUUUUUUCCUGGAAAUUCAAAUAAACAUUGAGAAAAUAGCAAA